AUGUCAGACAUGGAUGAACAAAAUGAACCUUUUCUACAAUCAAAUACCAUUGAUUGUCAUGUUAUAGAUACGGAAGAAACGAUUGGUCAAGAGACUGGUGAAGUUAGUGUUGAAGCAUUUGAAAACUAUCUACAAUCCGAUGACACAAUAAAUCGAUCAACUUUAGAACGUAAAUAUGCAAAAAUAUGUUCCGAUAAUAUCAAUUGUUAUCUUUGUUGUUCAGGUGUUGGUGUCGCUGGAAUUGUUACUCUUGAUGAUGAACCAAUUGUAUCCCUUUCGUCAACCAAUGAACUGGCUACUCCUUCGCCAGAUUCAAUUUUUCCACCAUUACACUCACCUAGUGUUUCGCAACAUCCCGUGAAUGUUGCUCUCUCCUACCAUGAUGAAACAACUACUCGAGUGCAAAUUAUUAGUGAACUUCUUCGAAAACAUAUUACAAUGCCAGAUACUUCGAAUUUGAUCUUCGACCUUCCGACUGUCCAUGCAAAUAUGAGUAUAAUCGAUCGUCGAAAAACUUCAAAACACAUAUACAAACGAGCUGCUCUAGUAAUAGUCUUUCUUUCGCCUACAUAUCAUGAUUGUAACUUGUGUUAUAACGAUUGGCGAGCGAUUACAGAUCGAUUUAUGGCCGGUUGGCAAGAUCAACAGUCUCAAAGACUUCUUCUCGUGAAAUUAGGCGAUUUUAAUGCUGAUAAUCUCGGUCUUUUCGCUGAUGAUUGGUAUCUAGAUGCUGUAAACAAAAGUGAUGAAGAUGUGGUUAACAUUAUCGUUGAUCGAUGGAGCAUGGUCCAAAACUUGUUAGUUUAG